AUGGCGACUUCGAACAAUCCGCGGAAAUUCAGCGAGAAGAUCGCCCUGCACAACCAGAAGCAGGCAGAGGAGACAGCGGCCUUCGAGGAGGUCAUGAAGGACUUGAGCCUGACGCGGGCCGCGCGGCUCCAGCUCCAGAAGUCUCAGUACCUGCAGCUGGGCCCAAGCCGUGGCCAGUACUACGGUGGGUCCCUGCCCAACGUGAACCAGAUCGGGAGUGGCGCCGUGGAUCUGCCCUUCCAGCCCAGCGGAUAUCUGGGGGAGGCCCUGGCAGCGGCUCCUGUCUCUCUGACACCCUUCCAGUCCUCGGGCCUGGACACCAGCCGAACCACCCGGCACCACGGGCUGGUGGACAGAGUAUACCGAGAGCGUGGCCGGCUGGGCUCCCCACAUCGCCGGCCCUUGUCAGUGGACAAACACGGACGUCAAGCGGACAGCUGCCCGUACGGUACCGUGUACCUCUCGCCACCCGCGGACACCAGCUGGAGAAGGACCAAUUCUGACUCUGCCCUGCACCAGAGCACAAUGACACCCACCCAACCAGAGCCCUUUACAGGCGGGUCCCAGGAUGCACACCAGAAAAGAGUCUUACUAUUAACAGUUCCAGGAAUGGAGGAAACCACAUCGGAGACAGAUAAGAAUCUUUCUAAGCAAGCAUGGGACACCAAGAAGACGGGGUCCAGGCCCAAGUCCUGCGAGGUUCCUGGGAUCAACAUCUUUCCAUCCGCUGACCAGGAAAACACUACAGCCCUGAUCCCUGCCACCCACAACACAGGGGGCUCCCUGCCUGACCUGACCAACAUACACUUCCCCUCCCCCCUCCCGACCCCACUGGACCCUGAGGAGCCCACCUUCCCUGCGCUCAGCAGCUCCAGCAGCACCGGCAACCUCGCAGCCAACCUGACUCAUCUGGGCAUCGGCGGCACCAGCCAGGGGAUGAGCACGCCAGGCUCCUCACCACAGCACCGCCCGGCUGGUGUCAGCCCGUUGUCCCUGAGCACGGAGACAAGGAGGCAGCAGGCCCAGCAGGUGUCACCCACCCUCUCCCAGCUGUCACCCAUCACUCAGGCUGUGGCCAUGGAUGCCCUGUCUCUGGAGCAGCAGCUGCCCUACGCCUUCUUCACCCAGGCGGGCUCCCAGCAGCCUCCGCCGCCGCAGCCCCAGCCCCCUCCUCCGCCGCCGCCCGCGUCCCAGCAACAGCCGCCCCCGCCACCCCCGCAGGUGCCCGUCGGCCUCCCCCCAGGCGGCCCCCUGAUGCCAAGUGCCAGCUUGACGCGGGGGCCCCAGCUGCCCCCGCUCGCGGUCACGGUACCGUCCUCUCUCCCCCAGUCCCCCCCAGAGAACCCGGGCCAGCCGCCAAUGGGGAUCGACAUUACCUCGGCGCCGGCUCUGCAGCAGUACCGCGCUAGUGCCGGCUCCCCGGCUAACCAGUCUCCCACCUCACCUGUCUCCAAUCAAGGCUUCUCCCCGGGGAGCUCCCCGCAACACUCCUCCACCUUGGGCGGCGUGUUUGGGGACUCGUACUAUGAGCAGCAGAUGGCGGCCAGGCAGGCCAAUGCUCUGUCCCACCAGCUGGAGCAGUUCAACAUGAUGGAGAAUGCCAUCAGCUCCAGCAGCCUGUACAGCCCGGGCUCGACGCUCAACUACUCACAGGCGGCCAUGAUGGGCCUCACGGGCAGCCACGGGAGCCUGCCAGACACCCAGCAGCUUGGCUACCCCAGCCACAGCAGCAUCCCCAACAUCAUCCUCACAGUGACGGGAGAGUCCCCUCCCAGCCUGUCUAAAGAACUGACCAGCACACUGGCCGGGGUCGGUGACGUCAGCUUCGACUCCGACAACCAGUUCCCCCUGGACGAACUCAAGAUUGACCCCCUGACCCUGGACGGACUGCACAUGCUCAACGACCCCGACAUGGUCCUGGCCGAUCCGGCCACCGAGGACACCUUCCGGAUGGACCGUCUGUGAGCUGCACACCCGGCACAUCGCCGCCCAGCCCCCGGCUCCAUCACCCCGCCGGUCAGUGGUCC